AUGACGAACUUCGCCCCCGCCAUCGCCGCAAAUGUCUUUGGAACCAUCUUCGUCUUCUUCGGCGUCAACGCCGUCCUCCGUCCCGCCAACGCCCUCACCUUCUUCGAAUUCACACCUCCUUCAUCUCUGCAGGACAAAAAGAUGGUCAACAGCCUAAUGGCCGUCUACGGCGUGCGAGACAUCUUUAUGGGCGUGGCGAUGUACUCGGCUUCGUAUUUUGGAAACAAUCAGGUCCUGGGCUGGAUUUUGCUUGCGGCGAGUGGGGUUGCGUUCGCCGAUGGGAUUGGUGGAAUAGGAAUGGGUGAGAUAGUUUCCUCUAAAUGA